AUGAAUUCAGCAAAUACCUCAGCAUCUAUUGAAUUCCUCCUCCUGGGUCUGGCAGAAGACGCAGAACUCCAGCCCAUUUUGUUCUACCUCUUCCUGACCAUUUACCUGGUCACUGUGCUUGGGAAUCUGCUUAUCAUCCUGGCCAUCACCUGUGACUCCCACCUCCACACCCCCAUGUACUUUUUCCUGUCCAACUUGUCCUUUGUGGACAUCUGUUUCACCACUUCCACCAUCCCCAAGAUGCUGGCCAACCUCCACACUCACAGCAAAGCCAUCAGUUACAUCGGCUGCCUCACGCAGAUCUGUUUUGUCCUGACAUUUGCGGGAUGGGAAAAUGGGGUUCUGGUUAUGAUGGCUUUUGAUCGAUUUGUGGCCAUCUGUCACCCGUUGAGAUACAGUGUCAUCAUGAACCCCAAGCUCUGUGGGCUUUCAGUGCUCUUGUCCUUCCUGAUCAGUGUUCUGGACGCCCUGCUCCACACUUUGAUGGUCCUACGUCUUUCUUUCUGUACAGACCUGAAUAUCCCCCACUUCUUCUGUGAACUCGCUCAUGUCCUAAAGCUUGCCUGUUCAGAUAUCUUCAUCAAUAACGUCUUCGUGUAUUUGGUGACCAGUCUGUUGGGUGUCAUCCCUCUCUCUGGGAUCAUUUUUUCUUAUACUCAGAUUGUUUCCUCCGUUUUAAAGAUCCCAUCAGCAGGUGGGAAGUACAAGGCAUUUUCCAUCUGUGGUUCACACUUGAUCGUCGUGUCCUUGUUCUAUGGGACGGGUUUUGGGGUGUACCUUAGUUCUGCAGGCUCCCAGUCCUCCAGAAAGAGCGCAGUUGUGUCUGUGAUGUAUACGGUAGUGACCCCAAUGAUGAACCCCUUUAUCUACAGUUUGAGGAACAAGGACAUGAUAGGGGCACUGAAGAAACUCAUUUCUAGAAUCUCAUCUUUGUGGACUGGGAGAUAG